GUUCUGUUUGCCUUAUUGACAGUAGAGUUGAUGUGAUGACUAGUACUGUAACAAUGUAACCAAAUUAGGCCUAUCAGUAGAUCUAUCAAAGUAGAAAAAAAGUUUCAAAAUAUUGUUGAGAAAACAGCUCGCUCUCCCUGGAUUUUCACUACAAUAUCCAAUGGAAGCCAAAGCUGUUAAAACAAGUUAUGGGGUCCUUGCACAAAAUAUUUCUUUUUAAAUCAUAAAAUUAAAUUCGUGUUGCAAUGGUGCAUGCAUAUCGUUUAAAAUGAAAUGAUUUAAAAGCAAUGAUGGAAUAUGUCAAAACAUAUUGUACCGAUGUAUAGGCCCUAAAUAGGCUACAUUACACAUAUCAUGAUAGCGACUACAAUAUGUAUGGCUAUCAGGUUUUUAACAUCCUACGACAGCCUAAUUAGAUAUCAAAUGAAAAAAGGAUUCAAACCUGGGACAGCCGGUACUCUUAUAAUUACCAGACACACUAAUGACUGAGCUACCUGGUAAUUAAUCCUGAUCAUCCCAGUCCAGUCCAUCUACACAACCAAGAUUAUUCCUUUUACCUAUCAGAAACAACAUUACAUUUUCUACAAGUAAAAUUUUCAUUUCCAGCAGUUAAUUUUUUUACGGAUUUUGAUGUUCCUGAUAUUAACAUGCAUGCAGCUGUUAAACAGAUUUUUAAACAUUAAACAAUGGGUAUGUAUAUAUAUAUAUGUGUGGACAUACUUCAGUAACUCAAUAAUUAUGGCACUGAAUUAAAGGACAUUUUAAAAUAAAAAUUUGAUUCAAAUUACAAAUCGAUUUAUCUGAUCAAUCUUGGUUUUUUUUUUUAAACUAAUUUAAUUACUGUACAUUUUUAUAACAGCAUUUAAAUCUUUGUUUAGAUCUUACCUUCUUUAUUUGCAGUCCUUAUUGUAUAUACCGGAAUGUAUUUAAAAGUCAAUAUUAAUACAAUCAACUGCAAUUGCCAUCGAUAUGUUUGCAAGAGAUCAAUAAUUGAAAACCAAAAUUUACAGAAUAUCUGGACAGUGUGCACACAUUCUUGCUGUGAUAGUUAUAAUUGAGGAGUGGAAAAUCGCUGGAUUGAAAGAAGUUCCCUCUCAGCCUUCAUCAACAAGUUUACCACAGCAGUGGGAUAAACCGAGAGGACAUAAAAUAAAGCCAGAGCCUGUGUCGCAGAUGGUCAUAUCCAGACCACUCAAUAUGAAUCGGAAAAGGAAACCAGUUAUUGCCUCUUUUGUUGACAAUAGGAAAAUGCCCCUGACGACAUCCGAUAUUGCUCAUUUAAAGAGUCUCAGCAACAGCCCCAUUUCAUACUUGGUGGAAAAUGGAAGUGACACAAGUACAGUUAAUACCCCAUUAGGCCCCCAGUUCAUUGGUUCAGCUCUAAGCUAUCAUGCUCCCCUUAUACAACCUGUCACUCAACCAAGGGAGGUAAAUUCUGACAAAUGUGGAGAUAUAGCAUUUCCUAAGGAGCUACCCAGCUGUAUUGAUGCACCAGCACCAACACCAGAAUGGGGGGAUGUAUCAUUAACCCAAACAGAGGCACAGGAUAUUGAAAAGUCAACUCGCUCUCAGUCAGAUACACAACUGUGGUUCACAGAGAGAAAGAAAAGAAUCACUGCAUCAAACUUUGGUAGGAUAAUGCUUCGAAAAAAAAUUAUUAAUGAUGCUUUCAUGAGCACUUUUCAGGAGCGAAGUUUUACAUCAGCUCCAACAUCUUAUGGAAAGGCAAAUGAACUAAUAGCCAAACAAAUGUACAUCAAACAAAGUGGCAACCAUAUCCAUGAUAUUGGCCUUGUGAUAAACCCCAAGCUACCCUUUAUAGGAGCUACCCCAGAUGCAAUUGUCUGUGACAAAAUGGUUACUGGAUUAGUUGAAAUCAAGUGCCCAUAUUCUGUGAGAGACAUGACAAUUGAAGAUGCAUGUACCAACAGCAACAAAUUCUUCUUAGAAAAAAAUGGAGGGAAAUAUGAAUUAUCUAAUAUGCAUAUGCACUGGUUCCAAGUGCAAGGGCAGCUUUUGGUCACAGGUGCCCAAUUUUGUGACUUUGUAACUUACACAAAACAGGACUUCAACAUUGACAGAAUCCUUCCACAUAAGGAAACCAUGAAAACUCUGGUGGAAAAACUUACCCAUUUUUAUGUUGACCAUUUCAAACCCUAUUUUGCAAAGUAAAAUAUGGGGUAUUGUAAACAGUUACCUUUCAUAAGCAAAUUGUCAUCUUUCUGCAUGUCUAAUUGCACUUCAGAUGGCACCACAAUGCUCUCCAUUUCGAUGCUGUAAUCAAAAUAAAGAUAUUAAAUACAA